UGUUCUUCCAAUGGUCAGGGUCACAUGUGUCUGGGAAUAGAAAGAGGAACAGUUGAAGAGCCUGAGAAAAGGGAUCAUCAUAAAAGAGAAUUUAUUUAUCUUCUAUUUUAACUUGGCUUUUCUCUUCGUUUUGUUACCUUAGUUUGUUUUUUUCUUUCUUUCUUUUUCUUCUUGGUCUCUUCUUGUUGCAAAUAUGUUGCGGUUGUUUAAUCUUCCAUCGUUUAGGUCUAUCGCUGUGAGAACUUAUUCUGCUGUUGCUGGUGGAGAGAAGCCACUUGCCAUGCCGGCGGUUGAUUUCGAUCCUAAAUUACAUGAAAUUGUGGAUAAGAUUGAGAAAUUAACACUUUUUGAAGUAUCAAAUUUGAAUCAACUUCUCAAAACGAGAUUAAAUAUACCAGAGACUACAAUGAUCGGCUCCAUGCCUUCAGUUUCUGCUGCACCAGUUGAGGAGCAAGAAAGCGAUGAACAGACGGUUAAAGCGGUAAAAUCAGCAUAUACCGUUAAAUUGGUGAAAUUUGACGAAACUAAGAAAGUUGGCCUAAUCAAAGAAAUCAAAACAUUAAUUUCUGGUCUCAACUUAGUCCAAGCAAAGAAAUUUGUUGAAUCAAUACCCCAAGUGGUGAAAAGUGAUCUUUCCAAGGAUGAAGCAGAAAAACUAAAAACACAAUUGGAAUCAUUAGGAGCAACAGUCUCAGUGGAUUAAUUUGUAACAUAAAAAAGAGAAUAAUCCAAAUCAGAAUUAGAAAGAAAGAAUUAGAUGAAAUUGUAUGACCAUUGCGACUAUUAAAUUCAAAUUUUGUGCAGAA